GCCACACAAUAAUUAGAUUUUGAUAUUCUUACAAGUAACAUUAAAUUUACGAUGAACUUUUUCAAUUUUUUAUUAAUUUUUGUGUUCAUAAAUGUUGUUUGUGGUGAUUCAAUUGUUGAAAAAUGUCUCGUGUCUAAUGAUCUGAGUUUUGAAGAUGUUAGGAAUUUCAAUGACCCAUCAAGUCGGAUAGAAAAGGAUUUUCAAUUUUGCAUGGAGAGAAGACAUGGGCAGAGAAAUAAUGACGGGACUUUGUCUAAGGAUUUCAAUCGAAAAAUGUACACGUACGUCUUGAUGAUGAAGUUCUUUAACUUUUUAUUAAUUUUUGUGAGUGUCAAUGCUGUUAUUGGAGAUAAUUUGGCCAAUAUUGUGUCAAUUCAAAAUAAAUGUCUUAAAAGUCUUAAUCUGAAGCAAAAGGAUUUAAGGAGUUUUGGGAUACCUCCAAGUGAAAUCGAAAAAGAAUAUUUAUAUUGCAUGGGGGUUGGAAUGGGAAUGUAUAACGAAGACGGAACUUUGAGUGAUAACUUCAACGCAAUAGAACAGCUUCCACCUCAAAGUGUGGAUAUUGUCUGGAAAAAUUGUAAGAACAUAGAUUCAGGAGCAAAUCCAGCCAAUACAGCAUUUGAAGUUGCAGAAUGCAUCAGUUCAAUAGUUGGAUAAAACUUUUUGAGAAAUUUUAUGAUAAAUUAAAUUUCAUGAUAAAUUUCCAUAAUUUUGCACAUUAAAGCGAAAUUAUCUUCAAAAACUACAUGAA